UUUUGCUCGUAUGUUAAUGAACAUAUAAUACAGUAGUACAGUACCUAUAUUUAAGUGAUAUAAUCGCGGGUUUUCUUAAUACAAUUUAAUAAACGCCCAAUUUCUGUUCAAUUCCAAUCUUUGAUUAACAACUGUACCUACAAGAAAAAUCAUGCACACACCGUGAUGACUUCAGUGGAGCUGACAUCGAGUAGCGGAUCGCGUACGCACCGUUAUGGCUGAGCUUUUCAUCAUCGGACAACUGUGUAGCGCCGAGCGGUUUCCUUCCAAGAGUUUAUUUUGCAAAUGGAGCGUUCAUGCCGGUACUAACUGGAAAAUAAUAUCAGGUCACAAAGAAGGACAAACCCAAGUGGACUCGCCGGCUUAUGAUAGCCGCACUUGGUGGUGUCACCCGAUAGACAUUCACUUCGCGUCCAAAGGCAUUCAAGGCUGGCCUAAAUUCCACGUGCAAGUUUACCACUACGACAGUUACGGACGUUGUGAAAUCUACGGAUACGGAUUUUGUUACGUGCCUACUACACCCGGAAAGCACACAGUAGAUUGCCACACUUGGCGGCCAAUCGGUAAUCUUAGGGACGAGUUCCGACGAUUCUUCCUCGGUGGCGGCGCCCAAUUGAAAUCGCCGGAUUUCGUGUACUGCGGCACAGACCGGUACCGAUUGCACACCGAAUCACUGGGAACGGUGCGUUUCCGGUUGAACAUAAUUGCUCGGAACUUUCGGCGGUACGGAGUGGAGCUGUAAACGAUGACCGGAAGUUGGCAAUCGGCUUUUUUCACGAUCGUAGCGUUGUUGUCGGCCGGCAUUGGGUAUGCAGAAAACGUCAUGCCCGCUA